AAACAACAAGAACUGAACAAGAACAAGGAGAUCAUCGUCCUGGACCACAAACGGUCCAACGCAAUCAACAUCGGCAUGACGAAGCUUCCCCCGCCGCGGUCCAUCAAGACGGCAAUCCUCAAGAUGGACGCGACCGUCAUGAACCGGGAGGGCAUCGAGAAACUGCUGACGAUGCUGCCCACGGAGGACGAACGGACCCGCAUCCAGGAAGCGCAGGCGCUCGCACCGGACACGCCGCUCGGAUCUGCGGAACAGUUCCUCCUCACUCUGGCGUCCAUAUCCGAGCUACCCGCACGCCUCAAGCUGUGGGCCUUCAAACUCGACUACGAGAACAUGGAGAAGGAAAUCGCGGAACCGCUGAUGGACCUGAAGCAGGGCAUGGAGACGCUGCGCUCCAACAAGACAUUCCGCUGCAUCCUGCAGACGCUGCUGUCGAUCGGCAUCUUCCUCAACGGCAGCCACGUCAAGGGCUUCCAGAUCGAGUACCUGGCCAAAGUGCCGGAGGUCAAGGACACUGUGCACAAGCACUCGCUGCUGCACCACCUGUGCCACAUGGUCAUGGACAAGUUCCCGGACUCGUCAGAUCUCUACAGUGAGAUCGGCGCCGUCACGAGGGCGUCCAAGGUCGACUUUGACGAGCUGGCCGCGAACAUCGUCCGCAUGGAGACCGAGUGCAAGGCCUCCUGGGACCGACUGAAACUCGUGGCCAAACACGAUGGCUCCACCAUGGUCAAAGUCAAGAUGUCCGACUUCCUGGCGGACUGCGCCGAGCGCAUCAUCGUGCUGAGCGUGGUGCACCGGCGCGUCAUGAACCGCUUCCACCGCUUCCUGCUGUGGGUGGGCGUGCCGCUGGGGCGCGUGCCCGACACCAAGCCCAACGAGUUCUGCCGCGUCGUGUCCGAGUUCGCGCUCGAGUACCGCACGACGCGCGAGCGGGUGCGCGAGCAGCUGCAGAAGAAGGCCAACCAUCGCGAGAGGAACAAGACCCGCGGCAAGAUGAUCACCGAGGUGGGCAAGUUCCAGAGCAAAGCAGAGGUGCGCGCCGACUCCGAGCUCAGACAGAUUCUGGUCAGCGACAGCGACGUGGAGAGCAUCCACGGCACGAUGCCCUGGGGCCGACGCCAGCGGAAGGACGCCGGCCGCUCCGUGCUCAGCCCGCUCAGCCCGCUGCUGCGAGACGACGCGGGCAACGGCGACAACCUGACGGACGGCGACGACGAGAUCUUCGAGAGCAUCGUCAAGACCGUCACCAGGAUGCCCUCGACGCGCCCCGUGCCCCGGGAGAGGAAGAGAACGAAGCACGCCGACCGGAAGUCAUGUGAGUGUUGUGCGGUGCCGGAGGUGAUGGGAAUGGUGACGGGGCUGGUGGUGUCGGUGCUGGGGUGGGUGCAGGAGGAGCCACUGGCCUGCGCGCCUGUGGAGUAGGCAACGCUGAGGCACGCGUGUGCGACGGGCUUGCCUACAC